AUGUCCUACUUCUCCAAGACGCAGUACAACGCCAUCUCGGCGGCCUACGACGCGGUCAACGACCUGCCCAUCUCGCGCGCCAUCGUCGUCAACGUGGAACGCCUGAUACAGCCGCACAUCCGGCGGGGCAGUACGCGUGUGCUGGAGCUGGCGUGCGGCACGGGCUUCUUCACCCGCCACAUGCUGGACUGGGGGGCCGCGAGCGUCGUGGGCGUCGACGUGUCGCAGGCCAUGGUGGACAUCGCCGCCGCCGAGAUGGCCCACAGGCCCGAGCACGCCGGCAAGUACCGCUUCAUGGUGGCGGACUGCAGCGCGCCGUUUUCCGCCGCGGCGGGACCGAAGACAGAAGAGGGCGGCGACGCUGAAGAACGAUUCGACCUCGUCUUCGCCGCGUGGCUGCUGAACUACGCGCCCGACCAGGCCGCCAUGGCCGCCAUGUUCCGCAACAUUGCGACGCACCUGAAGCCCGGGGGCCGGUUCAUCGGCGUGCUGCCACACCCGGAGGACGACCCCCUGGUGUGCAUCGCGCAGGUCAACGCGGCGCGGGCGCUGGGCUACGGCUACGGGAUCGAAGUGCGCCAGGAGCUCGUGGACACGCCGCACGGGGGCUACUACGUGCACCUGUUCUUCGACUCGAUGCCCCCCGUCGACUUCGGGAAUUACUACCUGCCCAAGCGCGUGCACGAGGCCGCCGCGCGCGAAGGGGGCAUGAAGGGCGCCUUGACCUGGGAGCCCGUCAUGCUGCCGGACGAUUACGAUGUCGUCAAUCGCUACAUGAAGGAGCCGGUGGCACCCGGGUAUUUUGACCGGUGGCUGGAGUAUCCGGACUUUGGGAUGUUGGUUGUCGAAAAGGAGUAA